AAAAAAUCGAAUGCAUUUCAUGAUGAGUAAAUGUAGAGCCUUUUGGUAAAACAUCAUAUUCCUUGAAUUGAGAACAAUGGAAGAUUCAAUUUGUUGUAUAUUCCUUGAAUUGAGAACAAUGGAAGAUUGAAUUUGUUGUGUGACAGUUUUUCACUUUGAUUGUGCCCCCCGGUAAGACUUUUGUUUGACUAGACAAGAGGUCCAAGAGUCUCUUUGAAGAAUUUUUAGAACUUCUUCUUCCAUAUUGAAUGAAGUUGAGCUUCCUCCAUGAAAACUCAAAAGCACGAGGCCAUGGGAGGAGGGAGGCCACUCCCGUCGCAGAAUGAGCGGCAAUAGUUUUAAGUGGAUAAGGUAUGGACCACCGAAAAAUUGCGGUUCAUCUCUAAAAUCUCACCAGAUUAAUACAUUUAAUCAGGGGGAUAAAGUGAAAUUUCCUUUUAAGAAGGGGCUCAAAUGCCAUUUUUGCCAUCCUAUAAAUUAGAAUACAAUUGUUAGUAGAGAAACUAUGAAAUGUUUUAAAUUAACAUAUUCACAUCCCCUCUCUCAAACCUUUUGAUAGGAGUACGCCAGGAAGCUUGACACUUUUAAAGCUCUAUACAGCUCAAGAUGCCUUCUCCUUAUUGAAAGAAUUUGUUGUUGCUGCAUUCCUUAUAGAGUGGGUUGCCAUAUCGACGCCAUCCUCUAAAUCAAUUGGAGAAGUUUCGUAUCUAGGGUCAAGGUCAAUUUUUCUUAUAGACAGUGAGUCUUUGAGAAGAUUGUGGAAAAAAGAAAACAGAAGAAUCUGAAGUGGAUGCUGCGGGGUCAUUGCACUGCACUUGCUUUGUGCUUUUCUUACCUUGUUAAACUUCAUAUUCUCGUGGGCGGCAGCUGUGCGUAGCUUUUGUCUCCAGCAUAUAUUCCAGCUUAGAGCUUACAAGGUCUGAACCAAUUUAGCCGUGGGAGCAGUGUUGGUGGUGGCGAUGGGGAGUGAGCCGGGAUCUCUGGAAUACACGCCUACAUGGAUAGUUGCGGGCGUAUGCUUCAUCAUUGUUUUUCUCUCUCUUUGCGCUGAACGAGGCCUUAACCGGCUUGGCAAGUUCUUAAAGCGCAAGAAGCAAAACGCUCUGUUUGAGGCCCUACAAAAAUUAAAAGAAGAAUUGAUGCUCUUGGGGUUCAUCUCGUUUCUGUUAUCUGUUUUUCAACACAUACUCAGUCGAAUAUGCAUCUCUACACAUCUGGCCUCGCACAUGCACCCAUGCAAGGGGCAACCUUCAGAGAUCGCCAGUCAUGGAGAACUUUUGCUGACAAGAAACUAUAGGAGAGGACUUUUAUCAACGGAUGAGAGUGUGGAGAUCUGUGCACGUAAGGGACAGGUUCCAGUGCUGUCGAUAGAGGCGUUACAUCAACUUCACAUAUUCAUCUUUGUAUUGGCAGUCGUCCAUGUCAUCUUUUGUGUGACUACUAUGGUUCUUGGCGGAGCAAGGAUCCGUCAGUGGAAAAAUUGGGAAAACUCCCUUCAAAGAAACCCUCCCAAGAAAGGACGAGCAGCCGCAGCCGCAGAUGAUGCUCAUCGCCGCCAUCAUGAGAUCUUCAGACAGCGCGCAAGUGGAUAUUGGAGGAAAGCAGCUGUUGUGAGCUGGAUGAUUUCGUUUAUGAAACAAUUCUAUGGCUCUAUCACCAAGUCCGACUAUGUCAUUUUGCGACAUGGAUUUAUCAUGGCCCAUUGCCCCAGGCGUCGUGAUUUUGAUUUUCACGAGUACAUGACGCGAACCCUUGAGGGUGAUUUUAGAAAGAUAGUCAGCAUAAGCUGGUUCUUUUGGCUAUUCAUCGUCGUCUUUUUGCUACUAAAUGUGCAAGGAUGGAACACAUACUUUUGGUUGUCGUUUCUGCCAUUAAUCCUUUUGCUCCUUGUUGGAGCUGAACUGGAGCACAUAAUAAUGCGCCUAGCUCAGGAGUUGGACAGUAUUAAUCAUGAUCAUGAAGCCGCUACAGUGAAGCCAUCUGAUGAUCACUUCUGGUUUGGUAGCCCCAGAAUUGUUCUUUGGCUGAUUGAGUUCAUUUUGUUUCAAAAUUCUUUCGAGAUUGCCUUUUUCUUCUGGAUAUUGAGCGCUUACGGACUCGACUCAUGCAUUAUGGAGAAGCUUGGUUUCAUCAUCACGAGACUCAUAAUGGGAGUUAUUGUUGAAGUCCUCUGCGGCUACAGUACCCUGCCUCUGUACGCUCUAGUCUCUCAGAUGGGAAGCUCGUUCAAGGUCAGUCGCCUUCUCGAAGUCCAACUAAAGGAUUGGGUUGAAACGCUUGAUGAUAAAAAGCGCAAAGGCCCACCUAAAGCAAAGGACGACCGCCCAUCUGGAGGAGCAACCGCUUCACAUUCGCACAGAAUGGCCACGCAAUCAUUGGAAACCUUUCAUGUGGCCGAGCAAUCACGGGAUGAUAGUGUUGAUGAAGCUACUCUGGCGAUUGAAGUCCAGAACGGUCUCUGAUGCCGCUCGAGUACCAGGCUCGAAGCUCCAUUUAUUAUUCUUAAAAUCAUGGACACGAUGAUGGCUUCGUGUACCAAUUUUGGGGAUACCUGCACGCCUAUAUCACGUAUUAAUGCGAACUACGAUGUUCUAGUUCUAGGCCCAAAAUAUUUAAAUAAAUAAAUAAACAAAGGUUCAGCAA